AUGUCGGCCAGUAUAAUUAUUCAAGCUACACCAGUAAAAGCGAAUCUCGAGGGACUCCUCGAUGAAAUACAACAAUUGGAUCUAACUCCGUUAGACCAAAAAGCGACAGUAGAAGUAUUGUGCCAGCAAUACGAAGCAAGGGCAAGGAUCAUCAAAGAAAAGUUGAUGCGCCUCGAAAAAUACGUUGGCACUCUUGAGAAGAUCAACGACAAAUGGUUGGAACACAUUCAACUAGCCCCAAUGUCGCAAAAGAAAAAAGAAGAAGAAAAAUACGAACAAAUGGCAAAUGACGAUAGAGGUAUUUUAAAAUUAAUUAACAUAGGUACGGAUACCAUUAUAACCUUAUCUAUGUACAAGGAUGAUACAGAGUUAGCCCUUAAACGUCUAGCACAAAUUAAAGAACCUAGCUUAACUGAAUGUCGUCCAGUAGUAAAUUUACCACAAUUGUCGUUACCAACGUUUAGUGGAGACCCUAAAACAUGGAGAGAAUUCUGGAGUAGUUUCGAAGCCUCCGUACACUCUCAAAACAUACCAGAUAUCCAAAAAUUAAAUUACUUGGUUUCUUGUUUAAGAGGAAACGCCCUACAGCUAAUAAGAGGUUACGAUAGGGCACCUGAAAGCUAUAGAAUUAUAAGAGAAUUAUUAGUGGAGAAAUUUGGUCGUGUUUCCACUAUAAGAAAAUUACUUUACAAUGAACUCAUAUCUACAAAACGAAACAACCGAGACUGGAAAACAAUAAUCGAAGAAAUGGAGAGAGUUCUAAGGCAGUUAGAAGCAAUUGGCGAAAACGUAGAGCAACCUACCAUCGAAACGAUAAUAGAAUCCAAAUUGCCAAACUGGAUAUUAAACCAGGUUUAUCAACAAAAAGAAGAAGAUGGCCAGUGGUCCGUAACAAAACUUCGACAGCUUCUCAGGAAGACAAUUAAUAGAAACGACCAGGUAAUGGAAUGGCAAUACUUGGAUAACGUCAGUCGUAAAAAUUUAAUUAGACGUCAUCCUAACGCAAGCACUCCAGAAAAUUCAGCAUUGAUUGCAAUAAAACAAUCAAAGCAAAUCAGAGGAACGGCUUCAGCCGAAAAGAACCAGCUAAAUGAAGAGAAUCCAAAUUGGUCGACAAAUAAGAAAAGGAGACCCUGUAUCUUCUGCAAUAACAAUCACUGGGAUAGCAAGUGCCACAUAUAUUCCACAGUGGAGCAGCGAAUUGAUCGAUUGAAGGAAAUCAAUGUUUGCUGUAAUUGUUUUAAAUCUGGACACAACGAGCUCAACUGCAUAAAAAGAGCAAGUUGUUUUUAUUGCAAAAAAUCCCACAAUAGCGCCCUUUGUACCACUAAGACUCGUGAUUCUGGGAAGAUUGUUGCCAAAAAUGCAAACAUAUCUGUUAAUUCAACUAAGAAAGUUGAAAAGAAACGAGUACUGCUUUUAUGUAAAGAAAUUAAUGUCUUUAAUCUUGAUAAACCUAAACAUCAAGUACAAGCUUUAGUACUGUUUGACGUCGGCGCAGAUGCGAUCUUUAUCUCACAAAGGCUAGCUCAUCGACUAAAUCUCCUAGAAACUGAUUACACAAGACGAAAAAUGUAUCACAAACAAUAG